AGGGGUGCACUCUAACAGAAAGAGGAAGAGAGAGCAGAGAGAGGAGAGCAAAACUGAGGUUGCUGACACUGUGAGAGAAUAUUUAUUUCCUCAACACUUAUCACUUAGGAUCCUACUAGUUGUCUGGUGUGGAUAUAAUACCAGUCUGUCUUUAAGAUGGGGUCCAGAACUCUUCUACUUAUUCUGGGUCUUCAUUUCACUCUACUGGGGAACCUAGAGGCCAUAGAUUGCGGCCUGGGCUUCAUAGCCAAAGGGAGACAACAAUGUGUUGAUAUAGAUGAAUGUAAAGAGUGGGACAGUACCCCACCCUGUGGAAGUAAAGCUGCAUGUUACAACACACAGGGGAGCUUCUACUGUCAGUGUCAACCUGGGUUCAGAUCCACAACAUCUUUCAAGUUUACUCCUCUCGCUGGGGAGUGUAACGAUCGCAAUGAGUGCCAGAAGACACCACAGGUUUGUGGCAGCAACGCCACUUGCCUCAACACCAUUGGGAGCUACCUCUGCCAGUGUCAACCUGGGUUCAGAUUCACAACGCCUGUCAACUAUACUGCUCUCACUGGGGAGUGUAAGGACAUGAAUGAGUGUAAGGAGCAGACUGCUGAUUGCCCCAACAACUCAUCCUGUGUGAACACUCCAGGGUCCUACACCUGCAUCUGCCAGUCUGGGUACAAACUAACAGAGAGCAGGUGUGAGGACGUGGAUGAGUGUAAGGAGCAGACUGCUGAUUGCCCCAACAACUCAUCCUGUGUGAACACCCCAGGGUCCUACACCUGCAUCUGCCAGUCUGGGUACAAACUAACAGAGAGCAGGUGUGAGGACGUGGAUGAGUGUAAGGAGCAGACUGCUGAUUGCCCCAACAACUCAUCCUGUGUGAACACCCCAGGGUCCUACACCUGCAUCUGCCAGUCUGGGUACACACUAACAGAGAACAGGUGUGAGGACAUAGAUGAGUGUAAUGUAACUGCUGGUAUCUGUGAAGGGGGAGGGACCUGUCAGAACCAGGAAGGAAGCUACAUUUGCCUCUGUCUCCCUGGAUACAGUAAUUAUGGCAACAAACAGGCUAGGUGCUCAGACAUAGAUGAGUGUAAUGCAACUGCUGGUAUCUGUGGAGGGGGAGGGACCUGUCAGAACCAGCAAGGAAGCUACAGUUGCCUCUGUGUACCUGGAUACAGUAAUCAUGGCAACAAACAGGCUAGGUGCUCAGACAUAGAUGAGUGUAAUGUAACUGCUGGUGUUUGUGGAGAGGUAGGGACCUGUCAGAACCAGGAAGGAAGCUACAGUUGCCUAUGUCUCCCUGGAUACAGUAAUUAUGGCAACAAACAGGCUAGGUGCUCAGACGUGGAUGAGUGUAAGGAGCAGACUGCUGAUUGCCCCAACAACUCAUCCUGUGUGAACACCCCAGGGUCCUACACCUGCAUCUGCCAGUCUGGGUACAAACUAACAGAGAGCAGGUGUGAGGACAUAGAUGAGUGUAAUGCAACUGCUGGUAUCUGUGGAGGGGGAGGGACAUGUCAGAACCAGGAAGGAAACUACAGUUGCCUCUGUCUACCUGGAUACAGUAAUCAUGGCAACAAACAGGCGAGGUGCUCAGACGUGGAUGAGUGUAAGGAGCAGACUGCUGAUUGCCCCAACAACUCAUCCUGUGUGAACACCCCAGGGUCCUACACCUGCAUCUGCCAGUCUGGGUACAAACUAACAGAGAGCAGGUGUGAGGACAUAGAUGAGUGUAAUGCAACUGCUGGUAUCUGUGGAGGGGGAGGGACAUGUCAGAACCAGGAAGGAAACUACAGUUGCCUCUGUCUACCUGGAUACAGUAAUCAUGGCAACAAACAGGCGAGGUGCUCAGACAUAGAUGAGUGUCAUGUAACUGCUGGUAUCUGUGGAGGGGGAGGGAUCUGUCAGAACCAGGAAGGAAACUACAGUUGCCUCUGUCUACCUGGAUACAGUAAUCAUGGCAACAAACAGGCAAGGUGCUCAGUACUAACCUGUGACCAGUUUAAAGGGGAUGAGACUCCUGGACAGAAUGUCCCAGGUUUAGCUGGUCUCCUGUCUCUGAUGAGGAACAGCUGUUUGGCUUUAAAUAACUCUGGGGACGCAGCCGGAGGGAGACUGACUGGAGAUGGGUUACUGAAGAAUGUCUUCACGCAGAUAGACAGUUUCCUGUCUCAAGGUAUCCUAAGCAACAGCCGUGAGGUGAGUAGGUUGCUCGGCGCUGUGGAGGACGCCAUGAAGCUCAUAGCGCCGCAGCUCAGAGACAACCACACCACCAUGGAAACAGACCACACAGAGGCUGAGAUUGCAGUGAGGAGGGGACAGACUCCGCCCAUUGGGCCAAUCAGCCUGGCCAAUGACAACGCUCGACUGGACACCAGCUGGGAGACAGCCACUGGCAACGGGACGUACCCAGGUUUGACUCUGGCUGGGUUGGUGUGUUACAAGACAGUGGAGAGAUAUGUCAACAACUCCUUCCAAAACCUCACUGACACAGACACAGACACAGACACAGACACAGACACAGACACGGCGUCAAAGCCUAACUACCAGAUCAGUUCCAAGGUGGUAACAGCUUUUGUCAGUAACCCAGCAACAGACCAACUCACCAAGCCUGUCAUCCUCACCUUCAAACAUCUACAGGUGAGGGCAGAGUCAUCAGAAAUGAACUAUACCUGUGUGUUCUGGCGUGUCCAUUUAAAGGACGGGGCGUGGUCAAGUCGUGGCUGUACCAAAGUCACAUCUAACGCUACAUACACCGUGUGUUCCUGUUCCCACCUUAGCAGCUUUGCUGUUCUCAUGGCCCUCUACCCUGUAAAGGAUACAUUUGAGCUGCGUCUGUUGACGUGGCUGGGUCUGUCGGUGUCUGUGGUGUGUCUGUUGCUGUGCAUCCUGACAUUCUGGCUGUGUCGGUCCAUCCAGGGGACACGCACCACCAUCCACCUCCACCUCUGUGUCUGCCUCUUCAUCGCUGACCUCGUCUUCCUCAGCGGUAUCUCUCACACACAGAGCAAGGGAGGAUGUGGGUUUGUAGCAGGUCUCCUCCACCUGUUCUUCCUAGGAUCCUUCAGUUGGAUGUUGUUAGAGGGGGUUCAGCUCUACCUCAUGGUGGUCCUGGUCUUCAACACUACCAUAAGACCUCUGUACCUGUAUGCUGUGGGAUACGGACUGCCACUGGCUAUAGUCAUCAUCUCUGCUAUCACCUACCCAGAUGGAUACGGUACCACACAACACUGUUGGUUGUCUCUGGAGAGAGGAUUCAUCUGGAGUUUCUUCGGCCCAGUGUGCACCAUCAUCUUCCUCAACGCUUUCAUCUUCAUCAUCACUGUCUGGAGGCUGGCCCAGAAGUUCUCUAGUCUCAACCCUGACCUCUCCAACCUACACAAGAUCAAGGUGUUCACAGUGACAGCAGUGGCCCAGCUGUGUGUGUUGGGUACUAUGUGGAUAUUUGGAGUGUUCCAGUUCCAAGAGGAUGGGACAGUGGUCAUGACAUAUCUCUUCACUAUCCUCAACUCUCUACAGGGAGCACUGCUGUUCAUCAUGCACUGCCUACUGAACAAAACGGUUAGAGAGGAGUAUUGCCAGCUGCUGUCCUGUAUCUGCACACCACAGAAGAAGAGAUACUCAGAUUUCAGCACUAACAACCCUUCCUCCAGCCAAUCCCAGGGGUCAAGGCGUACCCAGAACACAGGGGAGUUGCAGACAUGAUGACAUCACCAAUCCCCCAUAAUGCACGUCUUUACUCCCCCUCCCUUUUCAGGCCUGGUUCAGUAGAAAAUGUGCCCUACGAGCCCGGCUGGUUAUGUGCCCUAUCUAGAACCUUAACGGGUUCUUCGGCUGUCCCGGUAGGAGAACUCUUUCAAUAACCCUUUUUGGUUCCAGGUAGAACCCUUUUUUGGAUUCCAUCUAGUUGCCUCUCCAAAAAGUUCUACCUGAAACCAAAAAGGUGCCUCUAUGCGGACAGCAGAAAAACCCCUUUAGGAACCCCCUUGUCUAAGUGUGUACUAGCACAGCUGGUCAGCAGAAAAACCCUUUAAGGGAACCCCCUUGUCUAAGUGUGUACUAGCCCAGCUGGUCAGCAGAAAAACCCUUUAAGGGAACCCCCUUGUCUAAGUGUGUACUAGCCCAGCUGGUCAGCAGAAAAACCCCUUUAGGAACCCCCUUGUCUAAGUGUGUACUAGCCCAGCUGGUCAGCAGAAAAACCCCUUUAGGAACCCCCUUGUCUAAGUGUGUACUAGCCCGGCUGGUCAGCAGAAAAACCCCUUUAGGAACCCCCUUGUCUAAGUGUGUACUAGCCCAGCUGGUCAGCAGAAAAACCCCUUUAGGAACCCCCUUGUCUAAGUGUGUACUAGCACAGCUGGUCAGCAGAAAAACCCUUUAAGGGAACCCCCUUGUCUAAGUGUGUACUAGCCCAGCUGGUCAGCAGAAAAACCCCUUAGGAACCCCCUUGUCUAAGUGUGUACUAGCACAGCUGGUCAGCAGAAAAACCCCUUUAGGAACCCCUUGUCUAAGUGUGUACUAGCCCAGCUGGUCAGCAGAAAAACCCUUUAGGAACCCCCUUGUCUAAGUGUGUACUAGCACAGCUGGUCAGCAGAAAAACCCUUUAAGGGAACCCCCUUGUCUAAGUGUGUACUAGCCCAGCUGGUCAGCAGAAAAACCCCUUAGGAACCCCCUUGUCUAAGUGUGUACUAGCACAGCUGGUCAGCAGAAAAACCCCUUUAGGAACCCCCUUGUCUAAGUGUGUACUAGCACAGCUGGUCAGCAGAAAAACCCCUUUAGGAACCCCCUUGUCUAAGUGUGUACUAGCCCAGCUGGUCAGCAGAAAAACCCCUUUAGGAACCCCCUUGUCUAAGUGUGUACUAGCCCAGCUGGUCAGCAGAAAAUGUGUCUUAAAUGUGUCUUAGCCCCAGUGAUCAGUGCUCGGAAUCCUUAAAUUCCUCCUCUGAUUAGACACUUCAUAUCAAACUUGAUGUUAACCACUGUCUUAUCAAGCAUUAGGUUAUCCAAUCAGAAGUUAAAUGAUCUUCAUGCCAUCCAAUAGGAAUCCAUAUGAUCUUUGUCAUCCAAUAGGACUCCAUAUUCUCUUUAUGUCUUCCAAUAGGAUAAGGGGGAGUAGGAAGUGACAAUGAUGCAAUGAUGUCACAGUAGUUUCAUUUUCACCGACGUAACAUUUACAUUUCAGUCAUUAAGCAGAUGUUCAUAUGCAGAGCAUCUUACAGACAGAAAAGAAGGACCUUAUGGUGUUUAUGUCAACCAAUCAGAAUAUAUAUGAUCUUCCCGUCAUCCAAUAGGAAUCCAUAUGAUCUUCAUGUCAUCCAAUAGGAAUCCAUAUGAUCUUAAUGUCAUCCAAUCAGAAGUUAUAUCCUCUUUAUGUCAUUUUUACAGCCACAAAAGAUCAGUACUAUUUUACUGAUCUUUUAUAAACGCUUACAAACAUAUAUUUUUUUUAUAGUUCAUAAAUUGUUUGUUAUAAUGCUUAUUCGUUAUAGUUAUUAUGAAGUGUUACCAGAGUAUGAGAGGAUGGCUGGUGGGUGCUCCAGAAGGGGAUGAGAGGAUGGCUGGUGGCUGGUGGGUGGUGGGUGGUCCAGAAGGGGAUGAGAGGAUGGCUGGUGGGUGGUCCAGAAGGGGAUGAGAGGAUGGCUGGUGGCUGGUGGGUGGUGGGUGGUCCAGAAGGGGAUGAGAGGAUGGCUGGUGGGUGGUCCAGAAGGGGAUGAGAGGAUGGCUGGUGGCUGGUGGGUGGUGGGUGGUGGGUGGUCCAGAAGGGGACUAGUUGAAUCAUUUAGAAUUUUUCAAACACCUCAAAAAGCUUUUUCCUGCAAUCUAGAGCCAAAACCAUUAUGCUUAAUUCUAUGUAAAAUAUAUAUAUAUAUGUAUUUCUGCAUGUCUAAGUGUAUCUCUUGAGAUGUCUGUACCCUCCUGACUGGUGGGAAUUAUUUUUAAGAAAAUAAAAUGCUUUUCUGCAUCUCUUUUUAAAAUCUGGCUAAAAUAUUCAAUGGAAUAUGAGUCUUAUUCAUUACAUUUAGUUAUUGCUGGCUUUUUUUGCCAGCAAGCAUGUCAGCUAAGAUAGUUACCAAACUGGAUAAGCCCCUGUGUCCCCUAUGGGCAUGAUGCCUCUGACCUCUGACCUCUAUGCAUAUAAUGAGUUAAGAAUCUUAUGAGAUAAGAGUCUUUGAGUAGAACAUGGCUUCAUCAAUCACACUGCUUUUGUCCAAAAACAACGUUUAUCGACAGGUUUUUUCAGAAAUCCCAGUUGAAAGAUUCCCGGAAUCAGGAGGAAAUAAGCAGGAAAUCCGGAAUUCUCCAAUCGGGAUUUUGGGGAAAACCUGGUCAUUUGUUUGAAAGGUUAAAGAUAAUGUGAUACCCUACGGGCAUUUUCCUGGACACAGGAAGGUUUGUUUACUUCUGACCAACUGAACCCGGGUCCAGCAACUGUGAACCCAACACCUUAGUUGUUACGCCAAGAGCUCCCAACCAAGUUCAACAUCAGAACACAAAAUAUAAGCUUGUGUUAAUCCAUUGUUUGUAAACAAUGUCACAUGGUUAAAAAACAUCAUUUUGAGCUCACGGGUGUUCCUGCAUCCACAGAUCAGUCUAUUGUUUGAAAGUGGUCACAUCCCUCAGCUGAACCAAAACAAGCGGUGGGGGGAGGGGACCCCUUUAAGGUUCCCCCCUACAACUUGGUCUAAGCACAAUCAUCCAGAUACUCGGCUGUCUUCAAGAAAUUGUCAAAACAAUGUCUGCAAUCAAUUUUUAUUUUUAAUUCUAUUAUUUUGCACUUCAACAAUCGGUUUGGUUUUAGUUUAUUUUAAAAAAAUGAAUGUGUAUUAUAUGAAAAAUAAUUCAAAGCGAUUGUGUAUUUUAUUUAGAAUGUAUAAUUUUUUAUGUUAUUCUAUGAGCAGAGUUCUGAAUGUAAGCACUUAUUGUUGUACUUGACUGCAGGAGUCUGUAUGGCUGGG